AUGGCGCGACUACGAGUUCCCGCAUCGCCAGUUGAAACUCGUCGCGCGAAUUAUGCCUAUGAAGGAGCCGGAAACAAGACGCCCAGCCGACCUAAUCAUUCAGGCCCACAGCCUGAGAUCAAUGUAGCCUUCGAUUCGUCUGCCAAUGAUCCCCCUGAACAUCCCACUUCCUUUCCGCGCAUUGUAAGGAGCUUCGCGUUAAUGGACGUGAAGACAAAGCGAGAUGUACAAGGUUACAUUGUCGGACAGUACAAGGCCAUUAAGCAAAUGGGCCACGAGCACAUCACCGCGACUGGCACCAAAACAGUCUUCUUCCUUGGUCAAGCACAACAAGAGGAAGAGUUCGACAUAUUAGACGAGGAUAUGAAGACCGACCUGGGCGAGUACAUCAACGAGGAUGAGGAUGCGGAUCGCUCAUGGCGUGGGGUUUGCGACUUCAUGCAGAAAAUUCCGACCUCCAAGGCUGUGGCGCCGACAGAGUUCAAGGAUAAGAACAUUUUGGACACUGAGACACCUCAUCAAGCCCGCUUGAUGCGUGCCCAGAGUGCGCCCUCUCUGGCUCGAUGUAUCGCGAAUGCUAGCUUUGACAGCGCCGGAUCAGAGACAGACUCAGACUCAGAAGAUGACGACAUCGAUCUUGAACUGAAAAUCGAGAACGCACUCUCGUCCUUUGCUAAAAAGGUCGAGGAAUUAGAGGAUGUAGCAGGAGCGCUGUCAAUCACGCCACCCGGCCGCACAUAUUCUGACGCUCACCCAUUUACACCAUCGCCUCCCAAGGACAUCGAUAUACCUUACCCCUGUGGACCAAAGCAAAACUCUCGACUUCGUCGUCAUAGCGGUAACCGUUCACUCGCAUCACUGAUCGCUCACGUUGAGGACCACUGUGGCACUGUGCGGGGUGGGAAGGUUGCACUCAGUCCACCUAUCCCCACUACCAAAGAAUGGUCUAGUGGGCUGCAGACGUGGGAGGGUGAAAGCUGGCCCAACGCACCCGAGCGCAUUGGAAACGACUUUGAAGACGCCCAGAACUCUAUCACGAGGAAUGAAUCCGAGGACUGCGACGUAGAAGAGCUCUCACAGCUACGUGCGUCGCUAACGGAAACUACGGACAAUGACGAACCCAUGUGGCCUGAAGUCAUCGCCAACCGCCCGUAUAAGGCUCCGCUUAUGUACGAGGAAGCCGCCGAUUUUAUUGAACAUGUCGCCACUGAUCCGGAUGUUCAUUCCGAAUGUUGGUCAGAACCCUUGGAUGGUUGCGCGAAACCGCGUCGCAAGUGGACUAGCAAGAUGAAGCAUUGUCUCAAGAAAAUACCCCAAAACACAAAGCAGGCUACCCACGACUAUGUCAAAGCGACGAAACGAUUCUCACGGACUGCUUGGCGCGUAUUGCCAGCUGCGCUGUCGAGCCGACAUCCGUUCCAGAAGAUCGACAGCAUCCUCUAG